AACACUCACAAUGCUCCCAUCGGAACUUCCGCGAGAAAACAGUACUUUCUCGUCCUUCUUUCCCCACGCUUCCCUAACACUCGCACCUACUACUCCCAUGGCCACACCCCAGCUCUUCUCCUCCUUCAAAUACUACGACAGCCUCACCUUGGUGGCCAUUUCAUUGUGCACUGCCGUAGUUUGUGAGGCCAUCUCCUGGCUCCUCAUCUACCGCACCAACUCUUACAAGUCCCUCCGUUCUUCCAUCGACAAGGCUUCCAAGAAGCUCGAGACGAUGAAGACCGAGUCCUCUGCCAAGAUCGCCAAGAAAUCCAAGACCAAGAAGAUGGACCGCGUCGAGACCAGUCUCAAGGAGUCCAGCCGUGACCUCUCCCUCUUCAAGUUCAAGUCCGGCGCCGUCGUCGCCCUCGUCCUCUUUGUUGUCUUCGGUCUCCUCAAUUCGCUCUUCGAAGGCAAGGUUGUCGCCAAAUUACCCUUCGCACCCUUCAGGAUCGUUAUGAAGAUGAGCCACAGAGGUCUAAAUGGCGACGAUCCCACCGAUUGUUCCAUGGCCUUCUUGUACUUCCUCUGCUCGAUUAGCAUCCGCACCAACCUGCAAAAGUUCUUAGGGUUUUCACCGCCACGUGGUGCCAGCGCCGGCCUCUUCCCCAUGCCAGAUCCCAAAACCAAUUGAUCCGGUCCAACGCUACACUUUUCUUGUUGUUUUCAAAUUAGGACUUUGUCUUUUAAAUGCUAUAAUGAGAAUAAUGAGAAGUAGGAUCGAAAAUGAAUGGUGAUUGAGAUGUAUUUUAAUUGGUUGAGCUCGUGUAAAAUUAUUGCUGAUUCAGAGGCGGGAAAUGAAGCGGCUAGUGUGGUGACCUUUUGGAAGGUAUAUUUAGGACUUUACGCUCAUUGAUUGUGAAAUAUUUCUUAAAGUUGACAUUGUAUCGACCUGAAACCACUUCCAUCUAACAUGUCAUCUUUGAUUUAAUAUUCUGCCCGCAGCAUGCGUGCUAUUUUGUAGUCGUUGAGAAUUUUCAUGUAGAUAUUUUGUUGUUUGUCUGUGCA